AUGGGCUUAGCGGACACAUUCAAAACUCUUUGGACUGUUGAGGACCCGAAUUAUCCUCAUUUCGACUACACAGCUAAACGAUUUUACCUUUGUGGAUUGAUUCAUGUAAAGCGAGCAGCCGUGAUUGCGUUAAUUUUUGCGCUCAUCGAGGUGAUCGGCUUUCCGGUUGCGUUCAUUUGUGGAUGGGCACCGCCAGUGUUCAAGGGAUAUAAGUUGGUGAUGGUCCCCUUGGUGCUGAUAGCGGCUGUUCUCCUUUGGUGGGGCUUGAGGGAUCAUCAUGCUUUCCGGCUAUUGCCAUACAUCUUUGUUCAGCUGAUCCAAGUCGUUUUCCACUUUGUCCCUCUCCUCGGUUUCCUCUACAAUCACAUGAAGAAGAAAGAUGAAGAUUUUGUGGACAGAAACGGUGAUGGGAAACAAGAUGUGACUUUCGCGAUGAAAGUCGAAGAUAUGGGUCUACCGCUGAUUUUCGGGCUCCUCGUCCCAAUCUGUUUAUACCUUUUCUUCGUCUACGUCGUUUUUAGGUGUCGACACUACUUCUUGAAUAUCGACGAGGCUCAAACGAAAACCCUCCCAAAUGUCCAAUAUCAAAAGCAACAUCACAAA